UUCAACUGGUAGCCACCACAUCGGGCAGAGAGCUCUACGUCACAGUGUUAUACACACCGCCGAGCGUUUUCGAAGCAGCUGCUGCCGAAAAAAAUCAAUACUAUCUGCAAACUCCUACGUGGACGGUAUAAAUCAGUUGGAAAUGCGCAAUAUGUUGGCCCGUUCGCAGAGUGCACCCUGGCUAGUUGGAGUGCUCCUGCUCCUCUCAAGUGGCUGCCAGAGCCAGUCGUACGGAUCCAAGGAUAUUUUGGCCGAUGUUCUGCUGACGGAUCUGCUCAAUCGAAUGGAUAACGACAUGCAGGUGGGCUACUAUGACGUGGAAAAUGAGGGAGUCCGAGCACCCAAGGAUAACGUGGACCUAGUGUCCCGUUCGGAAUAUGCCAGCCUGUGCGACGGGGGCAGCGACUGUAUCAUGCCGUCGGGCGCAGGUUCGAGUCCUUCCCUGCGGGAUCACGAGUUCCUGCAGCACAGCUCGCUGUGGGGUCACCAGUUCAUCUCCGGCGGCAUGGGAGAGGGUCCGAACAGGUACCCCAACAUCGUUAAGAACGAUGCUGGUCUGCCAGCCUACUGCAACCCGCCGAAUCCCUGCCCCGAGGGCUAUGAUGUGGAGACCCAGGGCGGCAGCUGCAUCUCGGACUUUGAGAACACGGCCACCUUCAGUCGGGAAUUCCAGGCCGCCCAGGAUUGCACCUGCGACAAUGAGCAUAUGUUCGACUGCUCGGAUCAGGACAGUGCCGAUGCCGGAUCGGACAAGGGUGACUUGAACUCGGCCGUGGAGCAGUACAUCCUGCAGAUGGGCCAGGAGAACAGCCUGAACAACGUCAACAGUCUGGUGAAGAAGGCCGGCUACCCGGCCAUGCCCGAUCCGCGCAUGGAUGCCGCUGUCAUGAACCCGUUCUUGCAGGGCGACCGACUGCCCAUCGCCGCCAAGAAGGGCAACCUGCUCUUCCACUAAGCUUGCUCCGAGUAAACUCGAGCCCACACUUACGACCAUUACCUACAUCGUUUACCGCAUGGGUGUCUACUGCUAUUACCUAUCAUAGUUCGUUAUUAAUGUUGUCCCGCCACCCCAAAGUCUAGCGAUGUUUCUUUCCCAGCAAAUAAAGUUAUUCAUAUUAAUCCAGGGCUCUAAGCCAAACACAAA